AUUAAAUAAUGAAUGUAAAUUUUAACCUGGCAAAAACACGUCGUGUGGGAAGAAAGGUCAUCGGGGAAAGGGCCACCGUUGAUGUGCCGGGUCAGAGAGGAGCAAAUAUCACAAUGUGUGCUGCAAUCUCGAGUGCUGGUUUGGGCCUGCAGAAAUGCCAGAUUGGUCCCUACAACACUGAGCGCCUCCACCAACAACUGGUGCCAGAAGCAGAAAGGGAGGAAACACGAGGACAUUUGUGAUUGCAUGGGACAAUGUAGAAUUACACCAUUCACAUGCAAUCCCAAACUGGUUUUCAGCCCAUCCAAGGAGGAUUUCCCUUUUCCUCCCUCCCUUCUCACCUUUCCUCAACCCCAUUGAGGAUUUUUGAUCAUCGGCCACAUGACCAAAUGUCCCCCCUGGAUGCCGGCUGCAGAGACAUCUCAGCUGAAGACUGCCAGGAGUGGAUGAGGCAGGCCAAGCAUUUCUAUACAAGGUGCAUAGCGAGAGACGACAUAAGAUGUGAUGUGGACGAGAACAUGUGUCCAAAUGCUGAAGAUGGUAUAGAUUAGAACAGGACGGGGCAUUUUACUGUUUUUUCCCUUCUGUGCCUUUUUUAUUGUAAUUGUGUUGUAUUUUUACACAUUUGGAACUAAAGGCCAUGUAUGUUGGAUGUGUUGUUGAACCAAAGGUCAUGUAUGUUGGAUGUGUUGUUGAACCAAAGGUCAUUUAUGUUGGAUGUGUUGUUGAACCAAAGGUCAUGUAUGUUGGAUGUGUUGUUGAACCAAAGGUCAUGUAUGUUGGAUGUGUUGUUGAACCAAAGGUCAUGUAUGUUGGAGGUGUUGUUGAACCAAAGGUCAUGUGUGUUGGAUGUGUUGUUGAACCAAAGGCCAUGUAUGUUGGAUGUGUUGUUGAACCAAAGGUCAUGUAUGUUGGAUGUGUUGUUGAACCAAAGGUCAUGUAUGUUGGAGGUGUUGUUGAACUAAAAGUCAUGUAUGUUGGAUGUGUUGUUGAACCAAAGGUCAUGUAUGUUGGAGGUGUUGUUGAACCAAAGGUCAUGUAUGUUGGAGGUGUUGUUGAACCAAAGGUCAUGUAUGUUGGAUGUGUUGUUAAACCAAAAGCCAUGUAUGUUGGAUGUGUUGUUGAACCAAAGGUCAUGUAUGUUGGAAGUGUUGUUGAACCAAAGGCCAUGUAUGUUGGAUGUGUUGUUGAACCAAAGGCCAUGUAUGUUGGAGGUGUUGUUGAACCAAAGGUCAUGUAUGUUGGAUGUGUUGUUGAACCAAAGGCCAUGUAUGUUGGAUGUGUUGUUGAACCAAAGGUCAUGUAUGUUGGAUGUGUUGUUGAACCAAAGGUCAUGUAUGUUGGAUGUGUUGUUGAACCAAAGGCCAUGUAUGUUGGAUGUGUUGUUGAACCAAAGGUCAUGUAUGUUGGAUGUGUUGUUGAACCAAAGGCCAUGUAUGUUGGAUGUGUUGUUGAACCAAAGGCCAUGUAUGUUGGAUGUGUUGUUGAACCAAAGGCCAUGUAUGUUGGAUGUGUUGUUGAACCAAAGGCCAUGUAUGUUGGAUGUGUUGUUGAACUAAAAGCCAUGUAUGUUGGAUGUGUUGUUGAACCAAAGGCCAUGUAUGUUGGAAGUGUUGUUGAACCAAAGGCCAUGUAUGUUGGAAGUGUUGUUGAACCAAAGGCCAUGUAUGUUGGAAGUGUUGUUGAACCAAAGGCCAUGUAUGUUGGAUAGAGUUAGUGUAUGUAAACAACGUGUUUUUGCAUUUUGAAAUGCGGAGUUGGUAUUUAAUGAACAAAAUGUGGUUUUGAGCAGAACAUUUACUAUUUGUCUAAUUGUGUGAUGUCGGUGUGUUGCUGUGUUAAGAGUUUAGAAAAAGUAUCUUAAGUACAAGUAAACACUUUAAUAGCCGAGCAGUUAGUCACUAACUGUGACUAGCUGGCUGACUGACUAGCUGACUGACUAGCUGGCUGACUGACUAGCUGACUGACUAGCUGACUAGCUGACUGACUAGCUGGCUGACUGACUGACUGAUUAACUGACUGACUGAUUAACUGACUGACUGACUGAUUAACUGACUGACUGAUUAACUGACUGGCUGAUUAACUGACUGACUAUAUUUACAUUUUAGUCAUUUAGCAGAUGGUCUUAUGACAGACUGACUGACUGACCAGCUGACUAACUGACUUGCUGAUUGACUAGAUGACUACAUAAAUAUAGUUACAUUUACAUAUUAGUCAUUUAGCAGACAGUCUUAUUUCAGACUGACUGACUGACUUGCUGAUUGACUAGCUGACUGAC